GCAGCCUGUCUGAAUAACUUGUCGUUGGGUUUUUUUGUUCGUUUUUGCAACCGUUUUUGAGAUUAAUAUUAAGUAUUCAAAAUGUCUGAACAAGGAGAUGUAGCAGGCCCAGGAUCAACUCGUAAUACAACACCAGCUCCUUCAGAGCCAGCUAGUCAACAAGGUGGUCAUGCUCAAAGUGAUAGUCCUGAACAUUCCAAGAUUGGAGAAGGAUCUGAGUCUGGCACUGGUAGAGUAUCAAGAUCAUCUAAGUUAUCAGGACCUCUAAGUGUGCUUGGGGAAGGAGAACAGUCGUCUCUAGUGAACGGUGAAUUGGUACCAAUUGAGAGUGAUGAAAUUGCUAACAUUGAAGAAAAUGGUGAACUUGUUGCUGCAGAAGAAGAACCACCAAAAGAACCCACUCCAGAACCUGUAGAUUUGGUAUGUAUUAUACACUGA